AUGCAGCCUGACAUCUUCAAAGCUACAAUUUUCCUGCCAUGGUGCCUUGCCUUCCCAGUGCCCCCUGCUACAGACCUUAAAGGACUGGACUUUGCUAAGGACUAUUUCCAUCAGUUUUUCUUGACCAAGAAAGAACCAUCACUCCUUACCCAGGGGGAAAAGAUACAGCUCCUGCCGCAGUUCCAUCUGAACGAGGCAAACCUGAGGGAGGAGCAAACGCUGACUGUGCUACACCAGCCCCGCUGUGGAGUUACUGAUGUUGAUCACGACUCCGCCUCUGCAGCAAGUUCUAAAUGGAAUAAGCACACUCUGACCUACAGGAUUAUCAAUUACCCAAAUGAUCUGAAGCAAUCCACAGUGAAAAACAUUAUACAUGAUGCAGUUUCCAUUUGGAGCAAUGUGACCCCCUUGAUCUUCCAGCAAGUGGAGAGUGAAGAUGCAGACAUCAAGAUUUCUUUCUGGGAGCUGGCCCAUGGAGAUGGUUGUCCAUUUGAUGGGCCAGGUGGUGUCUUAGGCCAUGCCUUUUUACCAAAUUCUGGAGCUGCAGGAACUAUCCACUUUGACAAGGGAGAACACUGGUCGACUUCAUACAGAGGAUUUAAUCUGUUCCUGGUUGCCAUUCAUGAGCUAGGUCACUCUCUGGGCCUGCAGCACUCCAGGAAUUGGAACUCCAUAAUGUACCCCAGAUACAUGUAUCGGGACCUUAGAACCUUCCACCUUGGUGUUGACGAUAUCCAAAGAAUCCAGCAACUCUAUGGAGAAAGAUGUUCAUCUAAAAAGCCCUAA